AUGACGUCGAUUCCGAAUCCGAAGGCAUUUCCGCUCGCUGAUGCAGCACUUACAAACACUAUUUUAGACAUUGUGCAGGUUUCUUCCAGAUACAAGCAACUUAGGAAGGGUGCCAACGAGGCCACAAAGACGCUAAAUAGAGGCAUCUCCGAAUUUAUAAUCAUGGCAGCCGAUGCCGAGCCAUUGGAAAUCAUUCUGCACCUUCCGCUUCUUUGUGAAGACAAGAACGUUCCAUAUGUGUUUGUUCCGUCGAAAGAGGCCCUUGGUCGUGCCUGCAAUGUUUCGCGUCCCGUUAUAGCGGCAAGCGUCACUUCAAGUGAAGGCUCUGAACUAAGUCCUCAAAUAGUGGCCCUUCGCUCCCAAAUCGAGCGUCUUUUAAUUUAA